AUGACAGUGAGAAGUUGUCAGUCAGAACUGAGAGCGCGGACCAUCUCCAAAGUCUUCCUCUGCCCUGUCGCCCCCACUCCAUGGCAUGCAUUUGGUUUGCACGCCCACCGUGCCAACACCGACUGCCGCGUGCUGCAUGCUGCAUGCAUGUCAUGGGCUUCAACUGAUGAGUUCCUCAAGCGCGUCACGUUUCACAAACUAGGUUUCUGUUCAUCGCUUGUCUGUAUUCGGGUUCCCCUUCUCCGCCUCCUCGACCGCAAGAAAGGGAGGAGCAGAUUGCGGCAGCAUCGAGCGCCAGAUUUCGUCGCCUCCCCUUUGCCAAUGGAUCCCUUCUCGUUGCCUUCUUCGUCGAGCGCGUCGUCGGGGCAGUCGGCCCCGUCGCCCGAGGUCCUCAUGGACCAGCUCAAGUCCCAGCUUGCCCAGGCCUAUGCCGAAGAGUUCUUUGAGACAGUAAGGAGCAAGUGCUUUGUUAGGUGCAUCGCAAAGCCUGGAACAAGCUUGAGUGGAAGUGAGAGUAGUUGCAUCUCACGUUGUGUGGAUCGUUACAUCGAGGCAACCGUGGGAGGUUAACACAAGUGUCUUCGGAGAUUGCAUUUGAGAUCUUUUGGUUGAAACUUUUCCAGCCUAGGCUUUGCAUUUUUGCCUCUGACAAAUGGUUCACAUACUGACAAAUGCAUCUUUCAGAUCAAAAUGAUUCGUCUAUUUAUGUGUGACAAUUGUCAUCUGUAUAUGGCUGUGGAAUUAUUGACCCUCAUGAAGCCAAAAGUUAAUUGGAAAUUUAUCUUUUGUGUGGAUGAUUGUAACUCGAAGGAUAAAUCAUAUAACUGGAGAUGAUGUGUAGUGAUGAUAAAGGUGGAAGCUUGUCAUUUCUUUCACAUAUGGACAUGAUUUUGAAGAGAGAACAAAAAGAGGAUAGAAGAUUUAUAA